AUGGCUUCAGAUUCUCCCGUCAUUAGUGAUGAGAAUAACAUGACACAUUCUAAAUCAAUUAUUACAGGCAGUUCUCUUGAAGAGCACUCUAAUUAUGGUUUUCAUGAAAUUUCGUCAACGACCGUCAAAAUCCAACAAUUGAAAACUGAUUUGAAUGCAGAGAAUCAAUAUGAAAGACAUGCACUAACUGAAUUGAACGAAGAAUUGCGUUUGAUCGUUGAUCGUGCUCAUCAAUUAGAAUUACAAAAUUCACAAUAUAUGACAAAACUGUUCAAUUUACGACAACAAGUGUUCAUUAAUAGAAUUACUGGUAUACAAACUGAUGAACAUAAUCAUGUACAGACUAAUAUUAUAAAAUUUAACUACGAUAAAGUUAGUUACGAAUCAGAAAUCGAACUCUUUCAAUUGCAAAGUAAAAUAUACGAGGAAAUGCUUCAGUUUGAAACACAAUCAAUCGAUGAACAACGAUUAAAAUUAGAACAAGAAUUGAAACAAUCUUCAUCUGCUCUUAUCGAUCUACGUAAAUCAUAUACAGAAUUAGAACAGAGAGUUGGAAGUUUUCGUGUAGAAUCUGAAUUAGAAUCCAAUUUGAAAACGAUUCAAAUUCAACAUAAUGAAAAAUUUGAAGCACAAACGACUGAAUUACAAUAUUUAUAUGAAAGUAUCAUGGCAAUGGUUAGUAGUGUCGAAGAAAUCCAACGAAGAAAGAAUUUCUUAGAAAGUGAAAUUAUUAUUUAUCGUCAUAUAUUGGGUGCUGAAGUUGCUGAAAAAUCGUCGAAUGAAAAUAUUUUUUCAUCAUCUCUAUAUCAGAAAAUUGUCCUUAACGAUGUAUAUUCAAUGGGUAUAUGA